UUCAGAUGCGUUUGUUACUGAUUACAUAUAUACUUUUACAAAUAAUUAUUAUAAAAAUAAUGGCAUUCAGUACUCAAUUACCGUUAUCAGAUGAUAAAUUAAGUUACAAAUGUAAUUAAAACAAAAAUCAGUUAUUGCAUUUAUUAUUACGCAAAUAUAGCGAUGGCUUUGCUGUGGGUGAUCGUUUUAAGUGUGUUACUACCAGCAGCAUGGGGUUUUGGUUUACAAGCAAAUACCGGAGAUAAUUAUGGUAUUUACGGUGGACACGAAAUUAGUAUCGAAGAAGCCCCCUAUAUGGUGGGAAUAUACGCCAGCACAUUCUUGUAUUGGGUAUUCAGAUUUAAGUGUGGAGGUUCCAUCAUUCACGAAAAAUUCGUUUUGACUGCUGCUCAUUGUGCCGUGGAUUUCUACUCAGUCCAAGUCGCUGUUGGAUCAAACCAUUUAGACCAAGGAGACUUCAUGGCCGUGGAUGUGAGAAUCACUCGCGACUCUUACGACAACUCCUUACUAUUCAACGACAUUUGUCUGUUGAAGCUGGUGAAAUCUAUACAGUUUGGGCCUAAGAUGGCCCCGGUACAGCUGCCUGAGGAUGGAUUUGAGCUGGAUUCUUUUACUCUAGUUAAUGUGACCGGGUGGGGAGAAACUGAAACUGAGUCUUCGGCAGCUACAACUCUCCGCCAAGUAUCAGUACAGAUCUUGCCAGAAUCGUACUGCCCCAUGGACACCGUGAUCUGCGCCGGCUCGCAAGGGCAGGGAACUUGCAAUGGUGAUAGUGGAGGUCCCUUAGUUUACAACAACGUGCUGGUUGGUUUGGUGUCCUACCGUCGACAGAAGCAAUGUGCUGGACCAUUCGGCACCGUCUACAUGAGAGUGGCCAGCUAUUCCGAGUGGAUCAAACGUCAUUUGUCUUAAGAUUGCAUUUUUCAAUUUGACUGUUUUAUUAAACUGACGAAAGAAUA